CCCAUAGAAAGAAUUGCCAAAGCGCGCACGUCGAGAUUCAAGCUCGACGUGCGCGCUUCUAAAUAUCUGGGUCGUUAUUUCAGCCCUUCACAUUCCACCUCCUCUUCUCGACGGUUGCUCCUCCGACCUCUUCGAGACGGCAUUCAACCAAGCAUCGCAGUGGGAUAGAAGACAGGCAACACCAACACACAGCGAUCUUUUCAAUCUUCGGUGCUUCUGUGGUGUGGGCCACUGCCACAUUCAUUGUCUUCCUUGCUUUCUCGUGACGUCCCUUGCUAGUUGACCAUGGCCACUGAAAUAAGUAGAAGAAUGUGGCGGUUGUUACUGCUAGUUUUCUGCCUGUCACUGUCGCAGCAAGGCAGUCGAGCAGAAGAAUAUCAGGCUGCCAACGAUGAUUAUGCGAAUGGAGAUGACUACAUCAAAUACUGGACAGAAUAUGCUAUCCUUCCAAAACGAUGUAUUGUUUACAACGAUGUGGAUGUCAUAGUGUUUUCCGUCUUUGAACAUGGAUACAAGCAGUGCAGCGACGAUCCCAUGGGGACUUUCAUCGCGCCUGUCCCCGUUUUCUUGAACGGCUAUUUGCAGCAGUUUGCGCAAGAAGAGUACGAUCAAGGAUAUGACGAUUAUGCCACACCAGACGCGGCACAAUACACAGAUUGCGUUCAGCAACAAGUGAGCGGGAGAAACUUGUGGUUCCAAGUUGGCUGCACAGACGGCACCAGUCAAUCACUUUCCGUGAAUAUCUAUUCCGACAAUACAUGCACUACCAGGUAUCUGGAAGACGGAUACGACGAUUCUGCCAUUGACGCAUCUGCCAUUCAGGUCCCAUUCAAGCGUUGCCAAAACUGUGUCAACUGGGUGGACAUGAGUGACGACAAAAUCGAUGACAUGUUCUACGAAAACCGUCAAACACAAGCACCGCUCUGUUCAACUGCCUGGCAAUACAAAGAAACCUGCAACCGCAAGUGUCAACGGACUGGAUUGGAGCCAAGAGAAAAGGAGGGUUGGAACACAUCCGACAAGAUUCUAUUGGCGAUCCUCACUCUGUUUGGUAUGGUAAUGCUAGUCACAAUCAUUCGGAAGCGACAAAAAAUGUCAAACAAAGAGGCUUUGCUGGAACAAGCAGCAAUGAGUGCAGCUGGACUGCAACAGGCACAUGUGAUUGGAAUAUUUAUCCUUGUGGUGCUCGUGGUGGCAGUUUUUGCCUUGUUGGGACUCAAGAACAUAACGUGGGCAUUACUGCUCGUUAUCAACACCGUCUUGUUCGGAUACCUGAUGAAGCUUACCGUGGAUAGUGGGGUGAGCGCAGGAGAGACUGUCAUCGGGCCUGAUGGCACGAUAAUCAGACGGGGAGACUCUGAUGACUCCAGUGUCGCCUCGACGGCCGACAAUAGAAACACAGGAACCUAUAUGCUGCCACAGCUCGCGUAGAACCUCCGCUGCCGGUAUGGUAUGCAACCGCCAACGCUUGGCUUCUAUCUGCCUCUGGCAAACCUAGUCUAAUCUGUUGAACUUAGCCUUGAAGGCUUCCUGUCACUACCUACAACUGUAACCUUUCUCUUACCGGUACAACUGUUUGCAAUAUUUAUCGGGCUCGUAUCACAACGGCUUGCUAGUCUAGUUCUUGAGUGCGUAGUUGCUGUUACGAUAGAGCUGGCUGACAGGAACUCGUUCCACCAGUUUGUUUUGGGUG